AUGGUUCGUCUUAAAAAUGUAGGGACUGACACGUUUAAUAAGAACACUAAACCUCCAGUCACGAGGAAGAGGAAAUUGACCGCAAGUAACAAUGAAAAUGUAGAUCCAAAUUCAGAACCGGUGAAAAAUCAAAAUGAAAACAAAGGUUCAGCUGCAAAACUCACUGCUAAAGCAAAUAUUCAACCUAAGAGAAGUAGAAAGAAAACCAAGGACGUGAACACUGAACCAAAUGCAGCAACGAUUAUUAGCGAUAAGUGUAAUAACAACACUAAACCUCCAGUCACGAGGAAGAGGAAAUUGACCUCAAGUAACAAUCCAAACUCAGAACCGGUCAAAAAUCAAUCUGAAAACAAAGGAGAUGCUGCGAAAGUCACUGCGAAAGCAAAAAUUCAACCUAAGAGAAGCAGAAAGAAAACAGAGGGCAUAUCUAAACGAGCUACCAUCCCGACGAAGGAAAAGCCUAAACGUAAGAAUGGAAAACCAGUCGGGCCAACACUUUCUACACAAGAAAACGAGUCAAGGGUACAGAACUUACAAACGAGGAAGAGACAACGUGGAAGGAGAGUACUGCAGGAUAUCUCAAACUUGCCAGAUGACGAUGAUGUUUCCGUAGGACUUUCGGAUGAUAACCUGGAUGAAGAACGACCACAUAACUAUCCGGAUCUUUUAAACUCUGAUGAAGACGAUGAAGGGGAUUACGAACACAUUUUCCAAUGUAGUAGUCCUGAUAGCACAGACACAGAAGAUGGUGAUAAUGAUAAAUACCAACCUUCUCCAUCACAUCUGCAACAAACGCAUAUCUCCGAACAAGAACCUCCUUCGACCGUACACAUAGUUCCAACACUUCCUGAGAGUGUGAUUACUCAAGAAACUGUUCAACCUUCUCCAACUCUGAAAAAACGAAAGAGAGUUAGUAUGGCAAAAAAGAAAGAAACUGUACCCGAUAAGAUUGUAUACAAUGACGAGGGUGACAUGACUUAUUCGUGCGUGCAUUGUGGUGCUAAAUUUUGGCACUUUCAAAAAUUUAUCAGAAUCUACAACAUGUUGUUCUCUAUGACGUCUCUCGGAGGUAAAACUGAUCGUUCUAUCAAAAAAGGAAAGGGUCCAAACAUGUUUCAGCUGCACGGAGAAAAUUACCACCUAAUUGGAAGUAUGCUUCCAAACCCCGGUGAUUAUGCAAAAUUCUAUCAGAUGUACAUAGUUGAUUCUGAAAAUGAAUUGGACAACAGACUGAAUUUUUUCAGUAAGGGGAAACACGCAUCCAAGCCAGAUAAGAAGAAUAGACUCAGGAAGGACAUCAUUGAUGCGCUGACAAAGAUGCUCGACGAUGUCAACCCCUAUGUCAAGAAUUUCAGGACUGCAAGAGAAAGAUUCAACACUAAUCCUCAAGAUAGUUUUCAUAUGAGGAUAAUUAGUGAUCGUGUUACAGAUGGUAGAACUUACAAUGUUCCAACUGUGUCUGAGGUUGCUGCAAUUAUUCCCGGAGAUUUCAAUUUAGAAAUGGGUACAAGACGGGAUAUUGUUCUAGAGAAACGAUCAGGCAAGCUGCGACGGAUAAGCGAAAUCCAUCCAGCCUACAUACCACUGCAAUAUCCUCUGGGGUUUUCUUAUGGAGAAGAUGGUUUCCGACUUGGAAUUAAGAAAGCCAAUGUUGAAGCUUCUAAGAAGACGAAAAAGGAAAACAUCAGCGUUAGACAGUUUUUUGCGUAUCGUCUAAUGGUUAGACCAAACGAGUCAAAUCACUUGCUACACUCUAGGAGAUUGUUCCAGCAGUAUCUGGUUGAUACCUACACUAUGAUAGAGUCUAACAGAUUAUCCUACUUGAGAUUGAACCAGACAAGUUUGAGGUCUGAUAGCUAUGACUCUAUCAAACAAGCGGAAGACCACGGUGUUAUUGAAAUGGAUGAACAAGGCAAUAAAUUUCUGCUACCUGCGAGUUUCACUGGUGGACCAAGAUACAUGAGGGAGUUGUAUUUUGACGCCAUGGCCAUUUGUAGACAUCAUGGAUUUCCAGAUCUUUUCAUUACUUUUACAUGCAAUCCUAAAUGGCCAGAAAUAUCAAGGGAUCUCGCAGGGACCCGUCUAAGUGCCACUGAUAGAGCUGAACUUAUUAGCAGAGUCUACCGGAUGAAACUAAAAUCUCUUAUGGAAGAUCUAACUCUCAAAAACCUGCUGGGAAAAACGGUGGCCUCUAUGUACACCAUAGAAUUUCAAAAGCGAGGUUUGCCACAUGCACACAUUCUUCUAUUCAUGGAUCAGAAGUCAAAGCUCCAGACAACAGACGCUAUUGACGAUAUUAUAUCCGCCGAAAUACCAGAUAAAUCAAAAGAUCCAGAGUUGUAUGAUGUUGUGAAAGAUAUGAUGAUUCAUGGACCAUGUGGUCAUGCCAACCCCAAUUCACCAUGUAUGAGCAAUGAUAUAUGUACUAAGAACUUCCCCAAGAGCCACGCUGAAAAGACUACAAUCAAUAGAGAAGGAUUCCCAUUAUAUAGGAGACGCGAUCAGCCCAAUGUGUUUGUGGAGAAGAACGGUUUUAAAUGCGACAACAGAUACGUAAUUCCAUACAACAAAACCCUAUCCGUCCGUUAUAGAGCACACAUCAAUGUUGAGUGGUCUGAGGAAGCCAGGAGAAAAACAAAGAGCGGACAUAAGGAUGUUAGUGGAGAUGCCAACAGUCGAUCAAAUGAUGAGGGUGUUAGCGCAGAGAAGAAAGCUUCCAAGGAAAAUAGGAAUGAGAUCAAGGACUACUUUGAUUGCCGGUACAUUUCACCCUCUAAAGCUGUUUGGAGAACAUUCAAAUACCCGAUACACCAUAGAUCUGUAUCAGUGGAGAAACUGACAUUCCACCUCGAAGGGAAACAGUUGGUUAUUUACAAAGGUAGUGACAAAAUGGAGAGGGUCGUAACACGUAAACUAAUUGAGAAGACAAUGAUGCUGGCAUGGUUUGAACUGAACAAGGAGUGUGAAUUUGCUAGAACGCUUACCUAUGUUCAGAUUCCAAAUUAUUUUACCUACGUAAAAAGUGAAAAACGCUGGAAACGUAGAAAGAGAGGAUUCAGCAUUGGAAGAAUCAAUUACGCACCAAGGAAGAUUGAAGAUGCUUACUAUUUGAGAAUGCUGUUAAACGUCGUGAGAGGUCCAAGAUCGUUUGAGGAGAUAAAGACCUAUAAUGGUGUGUUGUACCCUGAAUUUAAAGAUGCCUGUUACGCUAGGGGCCUGCUAGAGGAUGACCAAGAGUAUAUCGAUGAUAUUUGCAGAAGAAGCUUCACAUGUCCUCCAUCACAACUUCGCCAGUUGUUUGUCAUCAUGCUUACUUCAGAUAGUCUGAUUUCGCCAGAUGUAGUUUGGUAUGCGUGUUGGGAGUUUCUUUCUGACGACAUGGAGAUGAUUAGAAGAAGAGAUCUUAAUAGACCAGGAGUUGUAAAGUUAGUAAAAAGGAAUGGCGCUGACUGGACGAGGUUUAAAAGUAUGCCUCAACCACGGGGAGUUACUUAUUCAGCUACCGAUAAUGUUCUAAUUUUUGAUGAAAAGAGUUAUGAAAAAGAGGAGCAGAAAACAAACCACGACAGAGACUUUGCUAAGCUUACUCCUGAACAGAAGAAAGUGUAUGAGGAAAUAAUUGGUUCUGUUUUAGCGAGAAAAGGAGGAGUGUUCUUUGUAUAUGGCUUUGGUGGAACUGGAAAAACAUUUUUGUGGAGGAUUUUGUCUUCUGCAAUUAGAUACAGGGAAGAGAUCGUUUUAAAUGUAGCUUCAAGUGGUAUAGCAUCACUACUGUUACAAGGAGGCCGCACGGCUCAUUCCAGGUUUGGGAUACCUCUGAAUCCAGAUGAGUUUACUACAUGUGUUAUGAGCAAAGACAUUAUUGGUAAUAAAGAUGGAAAGCCGUUCGGAGGUAAAGUAAUUGUGUUUGGAGGUGAUUUCAGACAAGUUCUUCCAGUAAUACCUGGUGGUGGUAGGGCACAAAUAGUAGGAGCCUCGCUGAACUCAUCUUAUCUUUGGAAACACUGCAAAGUUUUAAAACUGACAAAGAACAUGAGGCUCUUAUCUGGUAAUCUGAGUGAAGAAGAAGCAAGAGACCUAAAGGAAUUUUCAGAGUGGAUACUCGAUGUUGGUAAUGGAAGAAUAGCGGAACCUAAUGAUGGUGAAGCUGAGAUCGAAAUUCCUGAGGAAUUCCUUAUAAUGGAUGAAGAGGAGCCUAUUGAAUCUAUAAGCAGGAAGAUCUAUGGAAGUUCCGAGGCUCUGCAGGACAACACGGAUCCAAACUUUUUCCAAGGAAGAGCAAUUCUUUGUCCUACGAACGAAGAUGUCGACAAGAUAAACCAGCACAUGCUAGACAAAUUGAAUGGAGAGGAACGAAUUUAUCUCAGCUGUGAUACCUUGGAUCCUUCAGACUCUUCUGCCAUGAAUGACGAGGCUCUAAGCACGGAAUUCUUAAACAGCAUCAGAGUUGCUGGCUUACCUAACCACAGUUUGAGACUGAAGGUUGGGUGUCCGGUGAUGUUGCUAAGGAAUAUUGAUCCAAUAGGAGGUCUAAUGAAUGGAACAAGGCUGCAAAUUACUCAACUAGCUGGCUUUAUGGUAGAAGCUAAGGUUAUUACCGGAGACAAGAUUGGAGCCAAAGUUAUCAUUCCUCAACUCACCAUUACACCAUCAGAUGCGAGGCUUCCAUUCAAGAUGAGAAGAAGACAAUCUCCUAAAAUAAUAGAUCUCGAAAAUUUUCCAAUGUUGAACGACGUUAAACUCGCACAAGUGGGACCAAACCGUCACGAUUCGAGGAUUACUGUUAAAGUGUUAAAGAUCUGGGAUACAAUUGAUGUCGACACCGGUGAAGGGCUCAGUUUCCUCUUUCUCGAUGACGAGGGAACGAAGAUGCAUGCAUUGGUCGAAAGAAAAGAUCAGCAUAGGAGAUUUAGGAGACUACUUCAUGAAGAAGAGUGGAAGACCAUAUCUGGUUUCCAAGUUCGUACAUUUACUCCAUGGAUUCGUUUGACCAAACAAAGGAAAGAGAUUUUCCUCACUUCUGAGACACAAGUUGAUGAUGCUGACGCCUUUGAUGGUUUUAUUCCGUUGGAUCUAAUUCCAUUUGGAGAUGUUAUACGCUUAGGAGUUCAUGCUGGAACUGUUUAUCUUAGAGACUUCAUAGGCCAAAUAUUAUUUUCUCAUGAGUUGGGUGUCAUCAAAGAUCGUUCUCUUCCUAGGAACAGAUUGAACCUUUACGAGAAAUAUACCAGCAAGAUUGACUUUGUGAUGCGGGACAACGUUGGCAAUAGAUUAAACGUUCGUGUAAAGGGACAGUUAGCAGAUAAAUUCAAACUCUUCUGGCUUUGUUACGCCAACUGUGGAACAAAUAUUGUUCUGUUAACUGACUGGCGUGUUGUUGGAAAUGAUGGUGGUAUAAAUGUUGAAAUCUCUCCUGGUAUCUCUACUUUUGAUUUCCAUCCCACCGGACACUUAGAGGUGGAACAUUUCGAGAAUACAUUUUAA